CAGUUCCCGUGGCUCGCCCCAGAGAAGGGCCGCAGCUCUCCGUCCGGCCGAGCAGGGAUGGCGGCGCGGGUGUCGGUGCUGCCCUCCCCCAGGUGCCUGUUCGAUGACCCUGUGCAGAUCCGUGUGGCCGGUCUGCAGCCGCAGCAGGCGGUCACCCUCCGAGCCAGCCUGGUGGACGAGAGCGGGGAGCUUUUCCAAGCCCACGCUCUCUACAGGGCUGGGAGCAGCGGGGAGCUGGACCUCAGCCGCUCCCCAGCGCUGGGGGGCAGCUAUCUGGGAGUGGAGCCGAUGGGGCUGCUCUGGGCUCUGCAGUCCAAAACGCCCUAUAAGCGGCUGGCAAAGAGGAACGUCCUGACCCCUUUCUGUGUGGACUUGGAAGUGUAUGAGGGCCAUGGGGGCAUGAGCCGCUUGCUGGGAAAAUGCACCAAUGAACGGUGGUUUUUAGGAGAGGGGGUGAAGAGGAUUUCGGUCAGAGAAGGUCGUCUCAGAGCAACCCUCUUCCUCCCUCCUGGACCUGGCCCAUUCCCUGGACUUAUUGAUUUGUAUGGAUCUGGAGGAGGUCUUAUUGAAUACAGAGCAAGUCUUCUGGCUAGCAGAGGCUUUGUAACUCUGGCUCUUGCUUACAUGUCCUUUGAAGAUAUCCCUGCUAUGCCAGAGAUUCUUGAACUGAGCUAUUUUGAGGAGGCUGUGAACUUUUUGAGGAAGCAGCAGCAGGUGAAAGAUACUGGGAUUGGUGUUUUGGGCUUGUCUAAAGGAGGUGAUCUAGCUCUUUCAAUGGCCACAUUUCUACCUGGCAUCAAGGCAGCUGUCAGCAUAUCUGGAAGUAGUUUUAAUUCCUUCGUUCCCUUGAAGGGGGAUGGCUUCACUCUUCCUGUCCACCCGUAUGACUUGGGGAGGAUGAAGAUCAGUGAUGAGUCUGGACUAGUAGAUUUUUCAGAUGUCUUAGAUGAUCACACGGACCCAGCAACUUGGGAUUGUCGCAUUCCUGUGGAGAGGUCCUUAGCCAAGUUCCUCUUCCUGUCUGGACUGGAUGACAUGAACUGGAAAAGUGACCUCUAUUGCCAGGAUGCUGUUCAGCGUCUGCAGCAGCACGGCCAGGAAGUGGAGUUUUACUCCUAUUCUGGAGCAGGGCACCUCUUGGAGCCACCGUACUUGCCCCUGUGUAAAGUUUCGAUCCACAGGGUGCUUGGGAUGUUGGUGCAUUGGGGAGGGCAGUGGAGAGAGCAUGCUAAAGCCCAAGAAGAUGCAUGGCGCAGGAUACAGGCCUUUUUCUGGCGACAUUUGAUGGACUCAGAUAUCCCUAAGAGCAAGCUGUAGUGGAAUAGUCAUAGAUGUGCAGGGAUGAUAUUUCAACACUCACUAGAUCUUGGAAACUCACCAGAAGUUUCCUGGACUGCCUUCUUCUAAACCCCACUGUUGCAUAGUUGUUUAUUUUCAUUCCUCAAAUAAUUUUCCAUUUUUUAGUUGAAUUUCAGUUGGCUUCUGGCCCCAGCUUCACAGUAGAUUGGCACCAUCUGGUCUGUCUCUAUGCUGUAGUCUAAAAACAACCCAGCAUCCCAUUAUCUAAAUUGCAUUUGUCCUGAGCUAUCUUUGCCCUCAAUCUGCAACCAUCUCCUUUCAUAAUAGGAAAUACUCUCACAGGAGGAGUUUUCCAUUGGAUGGUUUAGUCUUGCACCUUCAACUAACCUAGAUAUAAAUAGCACUUUUGUUGGGCAACACAUUAGUACAUUCAUCUUUCCUUCUGGUAUAUUGUUCUCUCACAUUUUGUAGUAAAAAGGUUGAGCAGUUCUUAUCUCAGCUAAGGGAAGACACACUCUUCUGGCUUAAUCUGAAGUGCAGUGAUAACAUUUUUUUUCGUGGUACCUCAAAAUCCAGAAGUGAGUCUUACCCAGGUAACCCUGGUUGUAUCUCCUGCUGACUCCAUAUAAAUUCCAUAUUAGGGUAAAGUUUUCACUGCACUACUCAGUGUGUACACACAGAUACUCAAUGUAUCUGUGUGUGCACAGUUUGCUUGAGAUUGUAUGAAUGAAGCCUUCAACUAUCUGUGCACCUGCAGAUAAUGCAUUAAGGAACAAUCCUGGUGUAGCCACAAGCUGUUACUUCACCUGCUUGAAGAGGUCAUGAGCAGAAGUCCUCACCUCCUGUUGGGAAGAGAAGUGAUAGAGUCUAUGUUUUUGCAGAGUGUUCAAGAUGGGGGUGAUACAGAUAUGCCAAGUACUUGCUCUCAUCUGGUGAAAGUUAGUUUGUCUCCAUUCUGGGGGGGGAACAGUAAAGCCACUGCUGCUGAGUUCCCAGGAGCCCAGUGAGGUGGGCUGCCUCAGUGAUCCUGCCACUGCAUCAGACAGCUGUGGACUCAGUGACAGCUAACAAAUGCCACUCUUCAAGAGAGGACUGACCUCACUUGGGAAGAAUGUGCAUUUUCUUACCCUUUACCAGUGUCCAAACCUGACAAGGGGGGCUAUAAUCUACCUUGUGCUUUUGUGGGAUAGUGGCAAACAGCAGCUAGAUAUCAAAUGGCACCAGUGAACCAAAUUCUCCCUCCUGGGGCAGUCAAGAGUCACACCCUGACCAAAGAAGCAAGCAGGAGCUGGAAGUCUCUGCAUUGCACUAAAAUAGAAAAAUCUUCCCUUUGACAGUGUAGUCCCUGGUUUCCAGUUCCUGCUGAGACAAAAGCCCUGUAGGAGCUGAGGGAGGAGACAUGCCCUUGGUUUUCUUACUUCAGGGAGCAAUGGUUACUCAAAAUGAGCACAUUGGGCCUCAGAGGGCUGGGGACUCUCUCACACAAUAUAUUCAACACAGACUGUUCUUCAAGUACUCCUGGUUUUCCUGAACCCCCUGUUCCUCAGAUUGGUAGAUGGGUACCACGUAGCUGAAGGUGUGAGUAGUUAGAGUGGGGGAUAUCUCUCUCCUGCUCACCCAUACUGGUUAUCCAUCAAGUUUUAUGCUGUUGCCUCUUACUUGAUUUCUGUUUGUUCCUUGUAUGCCUAUGUCCUGCAUGGACUGUGGUUGUUCCAGAUGUUUAGUGAGUGGGUAAGACCUGGCAGCAGAGUAACACGUAACAGCAAGGAAAGUCAAACACAUUUGAGCAGUUCCAUCUGAGUAAGAGACAUUUUUUCCCCCUCAUUUUUCUGUUUUAUUGAAGCAAUCAAAAAUCCCUGGGCUGUUGAUCCUCAUUUUCCUCUGCUUCAGGGCCCUAGGCUGCGAGUUUCUCUGUGGUAUGAGUAUUCUGUUCUUUUAUUUUUACUGAACAUUGAGGUUUAUAGAAAACAAUGUGUUGUUGUUUUCCAGUCUGUGGGAUAGCUCACAUCCAUUUUAAUCCCUUCUGAGGGGAAACAGCUCUCCCAGCCUUCAAUGGGUAGUUGACAGAUCUAUCCUUCGAAUUAUAAAAUUGUGACCUUCACAGAAAAUACAUUAUCUAUAGGAAAUUACCAUUACAAAUAAAAAUACUUUCUAUCAGUAAAUCAACACUGUGGUCAGUCAUGCUUUCAUCCGGUUAUUAUGUUGUCACGUUGUCACAUUCAGUAGUCAGGUUCACAGAAAACAGUUGAAAAUAGAGGAUGAAGGGAGCUGACUGGUGACUCUAUUGAUGACAGCAGCACAUAGGACCUCUUGCUUUUGUUGCUCUGGAAAAAGAAGCUUUGCUACCCACUUAAAAGCCCUUCAUCACUUGGAUGCCAUCUUGUGAGAAAGACUGAAAAAACUGAUUAGCUGAGCCACUGUGUGCCACAUACAGGAGAAUAUUCAAGGCAACUCAGUUGCACUGGGAAUACUUUUUAAAUUAAACUCAAAUUUGAAAAUUAUCUUCAGGAAAUAGAAACUGGAAACUGGUGUCAGACUAAUAUAAAAUAACUGGAAAUGGCUGGAUUUCAGUAAAACACUUCUGCCUGUUCUUAAGCAUGUUAUACGGUAUUUUGCUGAAGACUUUAACUACCUAAUGUUUCUUCUGCUGAAGAGAUGAUUUAGACCAGUAGGGCUAAGAUCAAGAGUUUUUUUCAAGGCAAUAUUCUACUAAUUGCAGACUGUUGAGUCAGAGUGCUUUAUAUAGUCUCCCCAGACCUGCUGAAUACAGACAACAUUAUUCAAGAACAAUGUGAAAGUUAUUUAAUUAAAUAUAAUAGACCUUUAGCUGCAAGAGAUCCUCUGCCAAGCACAACUGAUAAAUCUAAUAGAAACUGAAUGGGAAAAUCUGUUCUUGAGAUCUGCUUGUAAUUGCAAAGUGCUUCAGAUAAAAUAGAGUAUCAAAGGACUUGCUUGAACUGAAAGAUCUUGUGUUGAUUCUUAGUCACCCACUGUUUAGCACUUUGCAUUACAUUUCUAUUUUGAGAAUAAGAAAAGCUUGUGACAAGCCUCUUAAGAACUGAGAGUCUCCCCUCAUGUAAGCUGGUAUGAACAAGUUUACUAAAAGGGAACAGUAUGUCUUGCAAUGCUUUUUUAGGGGAGGAUGAUUUCCCUAGCUACCAUGGAAUCAAGCAACAAUGGAAAGUGCUGGUUUGCCCAAUACAUUCUUAAGAUUUUCCAUCUUUUCACUGAAAACUGACCCUGAAGCAUUUUGAUACACAUACACUAUAACUUGGAGGAAACUGCAGAAUCAACGUAGUCGAAAUGCCUUUAUUAGCAAAAAGUGAACCACAGGUGCAGAAGAGGUGAAACAUCUUUGAUAAAGUGGCUGUCUCUGCAGAAUUAAUAUUUCCAAUGAAAUAGUACUCCUUGCAGCAUUUACUGGAAAAUAUUUUUCAUUGUUGAGGACAGAAAUUAGAAAUGCUGAGUCUUAUAAAAUUGUCUGUGGAAAAUUUGCAUUCAACCUAAAAAUGUCUGUACUCUGACUCUGGAUAGCACUUAGAGAAAAAUAAUUAAAUUAGUUACAUUCUAUUUAUUUAGGAUUGUAUCUUUUCAAUUACUUAAGCUGCUGAACUUUCAACAUUUUGCAUUUAG